CAAGCGAAAAUGCCUAGUGUCAAGACGGGUCGAAACCUUCCGCGGAGGUGGCAGGCAGCCGAGCAAGCCGCGCAUGCAGGCUGAUUGGAUGGGCGAUUCUCUGCCUGGCGGUCCAGCCCCGUUACUCCGAGCCGCUCGGGAGACAUCCCAGACAACUGGAGAAACAGGGGUAACGGGGGGAGCGGAGGCUGGGAGGCUGCAUCGGGCCAUGGGAGGGAGGGCUGGUUAAGCCUCCCAUGGACCUCCCGGAGUUUUCCCUGGGAUUUCCCGCGGGACCUCGCCCUGAGUCCGAAGGCGGCUGGAGCUGGCCACGCGGCCACGCGUGGUGCCCGUCGCUCCAGCGAGCCGAGGAGACAGAGGAACCGGGGCAGAGCGGCGGCCAGAGACGGAGCCCCGUGGUUCGCCCGCAGCCGGGCGCAGCGGCCGCCUCCCGGGCGGGUCGGAGCCCCAGCGCCUGGGACGCCGCUGCUCUGCCGGGGGCCCGCUAAGGCGCCUGCCCGCCGCCCGAGGCUGCACCUGGCCGCCCCAUCGCUGCGUUUCCCGGACACCGUCCCGCCCCGGCAGCGUGCCCGGCCCCCGCUCCCCAGCCGCCCGGCACCUCGGUCCCCCGCCGCGGGGCUGGGCUUUCCCCUCCCCGUCCCGCGCGGGCUGAGCUCCCGGACCCUCCUCCCCGGGGAUCAGCGCCCCGGCCGGGCCGGGCUCUUCCCUCGCUCCCGAUGGCCGCCGCCGCCGAGUACAGCUGCCGGGACAGCCGCGCCAUCCAGGGCGGCGAGUCGGCGCUGCCCGGCUCGCUGCUGUUCAGCGCCGGGCUGCUGGGGAACCUGCUCGCCCUCUUCCUGCUGGGCCAGCAGCGGCUGCGGCGCGGGCGGCCCCCGCGGGCCUCCGCCUUCUACCUGCUGGUCAGCGGGCUGGCGGUGACCGACCUGCUGGGCAAGUGCCUGCUCAGCCCCAUGGUGCUGGUGGCCUACGCCCGCAACCGGAGCCUGAGCGAGCUGUGGCCGGGCGGCGGGGAGCCGGGCCGCCUGUGCCAGCUCUUCGCCUUCCUCAUGGCCUUCUUCGGGCUGGCGCCCACGCUGCUGCUGCUGGCCAUGGCCCUGGAGUGCUGGCUCUCGCUGGGCCACCCCUACUUCUACCAGCGCCACCUGCGGCGCUGCCGCCGGGCCGCCGCCCUGCUGGCCCCGGCCGCCGCCGCCGCCCUGGGCGCCCUCUUCUGCGCCCUGCCGCUGCUGGGCUUCGGCGCCACCGUGCAGUACUGCCCGGGCACCUGGUGCUUCAUCCGCAUGGCCGGCGGCAGCGCCCCCGCGCGGGGCUACUCCGUGCUCUACGCCAGCCUGCUGGGCGCGCUGGGGCUGGCCAUCGGGCUCUGCAACCUGGCCAGCAUGCGCAGCCUCUACCGCAUGGCCCGCCGCUCCCACCGCCGCAGCGUCCCCACCGCCGGCCGGGCCCCCGCCGGCCCGCGCAUGGAGGAGCUGGAUCAUCUCGUCCUGCUGGCCCUCAUGACCGUCCUCUUCACCGUCUGCUCCCUGCCCCUCAUCAUCCGUGCUUAUGUCGGAGCGUUUGCCACUAACCUUGAUGAAAAGGCAGACCUGACGGCCCUGAGGUUUCUAUCUGUGAACUCCAUCGUGGACCCCUGGGUGUUCAUCAUUUUCAGGACAUCCGUUUUUCGCAAGUUCCUUCAUAGGGUUUGCAGAAGACUGAAUUCUAAAAAAGCCGCGACGCCUCAGCUGUUAUGAACUAGGCACUGAAGCUGCAGCAGUGAAGAGCUUUCUGCUUUCUUUGAUAACUCGAAUCGAAGGAAUAUUGUUCCAGGAAUUGUUUACAUAAUCAAACCGAUCGCACUAAUUAUGCCAAUGUUGUGGCUCUUCUAGAAACACUGUAAGAAAAUAUAAGAAUGUAUUGCGGGGAAGGUUAAGUGCCUUAGCCGUUCUGCUGCGGACAUGCUGCACAGAGAAGAAGCAUUCCUCCGUUAUUGCAUUUUUGCCUUUCCUGGCACAGACUGGAACUGAAAGUUUGUGGUCAUGUGAGUAACAGUGAAUCUUACGAAGUGACAGCGCUCCGCUACCCAGAGAACUUUGUAAAAAGAAUAUGUUUGUGGUAUAAAGUGCUGCUCUCUGAUCUUCGGGCCCGCCCGAUUCACCACUCCUAUCAGAGUACGGCCCCAAUCCUGCAAGAUGGGGCCCGUUGCCUUUGGGGUUUCCCAUUGAUUUCAACAGGCUGCAGGCAGACAGACGUGUCUACCCACAGGGAUCCGCUUGGAGGAUCAAGGCCUAAAUCAGGAAUCACCAAAGUCUGAUAGGGAAAAAUAAAACUCUUCAUUUGAAAAAGAAAUAAAAGCCGUGUGUAGUUUCUUGUAGCUGCCUCCCCACCCCAAUAAAUCGAUCUUGUCAUCCAGUAGCCAGAUAGUAUCCAACGCACAGUACAUACAGCGUCAGACCCAGCAGUAAUGAUUCUAUGGGCUUGUCUGCACUGUCGUGUCAGCUCCAGGUAUAACUCGAGUGCAGCCCCAACUCCACGCGCACACACACAAACCUCUAGCCUGAGCGCUUGAACACAGGCGAGGGGGGGGAGGGCCUGACCCUCCAGUGCUGCUCCCAUUCAAGCUAGUAAUGCCGUGGGGAUUAAGCUAUUAGGGGCUGCUAAUACAAAGGCUCUGUGCUGCUGGAGUGUUGUUUUGCAGUGGGACGGCUCUCGCUGGGGCUAGUAGAUAACGCUCUGCAGUGGAAGACGAGCCCUUUCUCCUGCCUUAGAUUUGCACAGAGAACUCGUUCUGGUGGUAGAGACAAGGGGAGUCCUAUGUGCAGAACUCCUGCAGUACCCGGCCCCAAGGGAACCUGCAGAAAUCUACCCCAUGAGUGUAUCAUAGAAUAUCAGGGUUGGAAGGGACCUCAGGAGGUCAUCUAGUCCAACCCCCUACUCAAAGCAGGACCAAUCCCCAGACAGAUUUUUGCCCCAGAUCCCUAAAUGGCCCCCUUAAGGAUUGAAUUCACAACCCUGGGUUUAGCAGGCCAAUGCUCAAACCACUGAGCUAUCCCAUCCCAUCCCAACCCAACUUAACUUAACUUUGCUCUUCUGAAUAGUCCGUGAAUAAAGUUACGCAGGGAGGUAAAUCUUUGCCAGGUUGGGUCUUAAGACAGUAAUCAGGCUUGCAGUGGAGUUAUGCAUUUACAUUUAUAUACUACAACUGUUCAAGUGCUUUAACUAUUCAUUGGGGACAAACAAAGGCUGAAAAAUAUAUUUUAGAAAGCAACAUCAUGUUGCAUUGUACGGUUUGUUCAAUAAAUUAUUCUUUAGCCAUCAUUGAGAUUUAUACCUAGUUCGUGAUUUCCAUUGUUUGGUAAACAAACAUCACUGAUCUUUUGCUUUAACGAUGGAAGUUUAUUCGACCCGGCUGGGAAUUAUUGUUCUUACCUGAUGCAUUUUAGAGGGGCCCUCUCCAAGGUAUAGUACAACCUUGACAGUUCGGGUCAUAUCAGUCCAAUAGCUAGUUGGCUCACUGCAAUUAUUUUAAUACUAUCUGUUUGGCAAAAUCACCUGAUGAUUACCUGUUCUGUUCAUUCCCUCUGAAGCACCUGGCAUUGGCCGCUGUCGGAAGACAGGAUAUGGGGCUAGAUGGACCUUUGGUCUGACCCAGUAUGGCCAUUCUUAUCUUCUUAAAAUAAGCAGCAAUUUUAUGAGAAAAGGCCCAAAUGUUCAAAAUGGGAGCAGCUGUGAGAACAAAAAGGUCAUUUAAACUGAGGUUUGGUCUCCUCCCGUGUCACAUGUAUAACUGCCAUUAAUCCUGAUGCAAGUUACAUACAUGUAUCAAAGACAGAAACAGCCUUACAGGAAUAUUUAGAACAUGAGACCACACAGGUAUUAUUGUGGUACCUGUCUGGUAAAGGGUGUGUUUCAAUCUGUGUUUACUCGGCUAAUCUAGACACAGGUGCAGUCAGGUUUACUGUCGUAUCAUGUGAUAUUUAUUCUGCUAUAUCUGGGCUGGAGUGAGAGUUUUUACAAGGAAAAAACCUGUGCAAAUAUUUAUUGUGAAACUUUGUACCUUAAGAGAAGAAACUUGAUGUAGCUGUUUCACAACAGGCUGGGGAAGACUUGUCACAUUCCCAUAGUCUACGAAAGAUUGCUCUUGGCGUGCAUUUCAGCAGGAGACUUCCGAGGCCUCCCCUCCACCCCAGGCUGGAAGAAAGUCUAUGUUUGUCUAGGGCCCAGUGAUGAGAUAAUCCAGCCCUGAUGGUGACCCAGCUAGAACCUACCCACACCCCACUGGCGGGUCAGGAAACACUGUUGUAGACAAGCCCUCUUCAGGUGGUACUUUUCCCUCUGAGUAAAUGCUAAACCCGUGCCCCAGAAUAGAGACGGCGAGCCCUAGUGGAUUUAGAAAUGAUUAAAGGAAAUACAUCCACAGUUACAUUAGAUAAGGGAUAUAAACCAUUUUGCUUCAGGGGAUCUGCCAACUACUAAACUGCCUG